AUGCUUACGAAUUGUAUCGCCAAAUGCGUAUUGCGUUGUGUAUUGUGAAGGACAGUUUGUACACACAGUUUGUAUACAUAUGUUUAUUCAAAUCUGAUAACACUACUCUAAUGGAAGUCAGGUACAUCAGCCACCUUGAGCAUGCGAAGGAAUACUUCAAAGCCCUUUGGACGUGGGCAGAAUUUCAUGUACUGGCAAUCAAACUCAGGAUCGAUUUCUCCUUCCUUCUUCAAGAGCCAUUCGAAGAGUGGAUGAAGCAGAGUCUCAUUAAUGAAUUCGCAAAUCUUCUCGAAUGGUUGAAUCUUGAUGUAGCGUUGGCAAGCAGCCUGUAA